AUGGGCGCCGACAGUCAAAUGCCAUACCUCUACGCCAACAACGAAAGCCAUAAGAAUCGCAUCUCCUACCCAUACAGCCACUUCAACCCCAAAGCUGUGACUGAAGCUUCUUACGCCCGCUUGAGCCAGGCGUCAGAAACCAAACCAAAGCAAGAAGGCCCAUUGAUUAAUUACAACCGACAUCCGGACAAUUACGAGGUCUGGCAGGGUAGACAGCAAGAUUAUAAGCCGUUGCCGAAGGGGACCAAGAAGGCGGUCGUGGUGACGAGAUGGGUACAGUUUGCUUUACGUCUGCACCAAGAGGUGGUGGCUUUAGGACUGUUGGUAUUAACCGUCGUGCUGAAGGGGACGAGUGGAGCUGAGACCUACUUGUUGCGAAUACCACAAGCAUGGGACUCUCUCAUAACCCUCUACGCAAUCUACCACCUUAUCCGGCCAGCCAAAGCCCGCACCCCGGCCUCCUCCUACUCCUAUCACACCUUCGCCAUGAUCAUGGACACCUGCCUCAUCCCGCUCUACGUCUACAUCGCACUAGUGGUCAAUGCAAACGCGCAGUACCCACCUCCGCAAUAUCAGGCAAGCGGCGAUCUUGUACCUGGCAACUGGCGUUACACUUCGCUCCUUGUAGGUGGCAGGACAACGCCCGAGGUCAUACUGCUGAUCGUGUGGACUGGAGCAAUUGGUGCUGCUGCUUUGCAUCUCUUGAGUGCUGGGAUCGACCUCUAUCUGAUCAUCACCUUCCGCAAGAUCGCGAAUCUGCCGCCUGAUAUGAACCCAUUGGAAGAUAAUUUGACUGCGAGGAAGUCGGUGGUGGGAUCGAAGCAUAAGCACAAGAACAGCGAGAUGACCGUAACGACCACUGGCGACGAUAUGACUCUGGCAGAGCGGAAACGUCUCGCGCACAUGUCUGGGUCCACGCUCUCGAUUGCCGAACAGAGCAGACUCUCCACACCCGCCAAGGAUGAUGAUAGGAAUGUACCUUUCGGUCACUCACGUAACGGCAGCCAAGCUAAUCUCGCCUUCUCGCCACACAAUCCCGACUCGGCUCGCUGGUCUCGCCACCAAUUCGAAGGACAGCAACAGAUCUAUCGCGAAGCCGGGAGUCCUCAACGCCGUUCCAGAUACGAGAUCAGACCAGAUGGCAAGCUCGAUGUACGCACCAGAGGCGGAUCACAAAGUCCAUCGAAGCGUGACAGUCGCAUCACAGUCAACGAAAUGGAUCUAGGAGAGGUUCGAAUGGACCGUCCAUCGAAGCGUGACAGUCGCAUCACAGUCAACGAAAUGGAUCUAGGAGACCUUCGCCAUUCGAACCUCUCAAGCAACAACGUCGCAUCUGCUGGCUACGGAAGAGCUAUCACGCCACCUCUUCGCAGUCCAGCAAUGCCAAACGCAGCCGGCGACAAGGCUGCUCAAGGCCAAGAGCAAAGUACAAAGCUGCUAAAUGACAAUUGGUAUGUCUUGGAUGCUGAGGAUGAUGAGUACGAGAAUCGCCCACCAGUACCGGCAAAGAAUGGGUACAUGGCUGUGCGCGACCGUCACGACUCUUUCAUGCCUGUCGAGACCACGGGCACAAGGAGAGAACAUGCUCGAGAGCUUAUGCCGAAGCCACUAGGCAUGCAUCCACCCACCCCGCCACAAGACACACAGUUCCCAGACCCGUCAGAAGACUACUACAGCUCCGGGGCAGGCGUGGAGCGCAAUCCAACAAACGCCACCCAAACCAGCUCAAUCUACUCCCAAGAAUCUGCCACCACAGCAAAAGCAUCUGGGACACCCAAAGGAAAAUAUUACGGUGACCUAGCAGCUGCUACACGCUCGAUCUUGUCACAAGCAUCUAACACACCGCCACCGACUUAUGCAAGUAAGUCUCGGACGCCUUCCCCAGAUAAGAUGGACAGGAUGGGUGGCAACGGGAGAGUGGUGAGCAGAACGGGAGCAGACAUUGCUGACGAGAAUGUCCUCUUUCUUCAUCCUCACGAAAAUGGUAGCAAGCAGAGUAUGCGUGGCCUGAGGAAUCGGGAUGUGAGUGGCAAGAUCGCUGAGGAGGGUCGUGGUGGGAACGGAAAUUGGCGAGGGAGUUGGGGAAGCAGAGGGUAUUAA